AUGAGGAGACGUAGAGAAGACGAAGGGGAAGAGGCGAGAAGACGUCGUCGCGAAGAGCCGUCUUCAGUGCUAUCGAUUCUCGGCUCGUGCUCACGAAAAAUGAUCCUAUGCUGUUGUUGGCCGUUGGGCAAGGACAGGUUAUCUCCAAUUUUGCUUUUAUUAGCCAUACACUGGCCAAAAAUUGUCCAAAAAUCGGUCAAAACUGAGCAAAUUUUAACUUUCUGA